UUAUUUUUUAUCUUUUGUCCUUUUUUUUUUUUCUUUCUUUUUUGCUCGGUUUCUUAGCAAAAUAGAGGACUUCCUCCUAUAUAUUUGCUAAAGAUAUACGUAAAAAGCAAAAUCCUUCCUUUUUCUGAAGUCUGGAACAGCAGGGUCCUACGGCUCUGACGUUUUGAAGGAAAGGAUCCUGGUAAAGGGGUCGCCGUGCGUUGCAAUCUAGCAGAGAUUCUCCAAGCAGCCGUUACGGGUCAAGCUCCCCGUCGUCUCUCUCCCAAAGGUCUUUCUGUAUAUCCUACUCUCUCCGGUCUCUUUUUCUCUCAACUUCUUUAUCUCGAGGUCUUCCAUCUCUGGGCAAAGUUUAUAAUACUGUGAUUUUGUGAAGCGAAUCUGUCCAGAUUCCUCUGCGAAUCGGUCUCAAACGCUAUACAGGUUGAAAGUAGGAAAGAAUUGUGGUUGGAGGAAUAAAAAUUAUGGGUAUAUCUGUAAUAAUGGGACUGAAGGCAACUGUUUCGCUGUUGGCAUUUUACUUCCUCAAAGAUUCUGGUGUGACAAUGAUUCAUAUACCCCUUCUACAUGCCUCUUUGGUUGAUUAUUUAGUUGCUAUUGCAUCCCUUCCAGCAGUCAAUCUUCCCCUGCUUUUGGGCAAGAGCUCCGAUGGGAGUUUCCCUCUUUGGUCGAUGCUCAUAUUUGGCCCUUUUCUGGCUUCUGCCCGGAUAUUUGUGUUCUUGAGGAGGUUGAAGAGCAGGGAACCAGCAUAUAGCAAGAUUUCUGAAGGAUUAUAUGUUGGAGCCUGGCCAUUUUCAUCAGACCAUGUGCCCCCAGGUGAGCCUGCAGUAAUUGAUUGCACAUGUGAAUUACCAAGAAGCUCCGUGCUCUCACGGAAUGCAUAUCUGUGCAUUGGUACUUGGGAUACAAGGGCCCCUCACCCAUCACAAAUCGAAUCUGCUGUUCGGUGGGCCUGCAGAAAGAGGGCUUUAAAGAAACCUGUAUAUAUCCACUGUGCAUUUGGUCAUGGAAGAAGUGUAUGCAUCAUGUGUGCGCUUCUGGUUGCAUUAGGUUUGGCGGAGGAUUGGAAAAGUGCUGAGAAGAUGAUUCGAGAAAAGCGUCCUUUUAUCCAUUUGAAUGCUUUCCACCGCAGAAGCUUGGAAGAAUGGUCAAAACAUCGGAUAUCAUCGAAAAGACAGAGAGAAUCAGAAGUGAGUUCUGUGAUUCUUUCUGAUUAUUCUAGAGAAUAAUGAACUCCAGCUCAGUAUACAGGGCUUCCCAACAUCAGUAUUUUAGCAUUUAUAUUUAAAUUCACAGAUUGAAUACAUUCAGAGAAACCCUCAUAUUAUUGUUCUUCCUUUUAUGGUUUGAUGCUCAAUUAAUUUGACAUAUUCCUUUUCUUUGGACAUUCAUCAAUUAUACCAGGAAAGAAAGUUUAAUCUGUGGACAUUCCAGUAAGUUGUCGACUUCAUAAUAAAUCUUUUGGAACUCU